AUGUCCGGCAAAUACGUCUUCUCCAGCACGCUCAAGGAGCUGCGCUUCGCCCUGUGCCAGACCUCCUCCCACAGCGCCGCCGCAAGGCAGUUCUUGCAGCGCGCAUACCCGACCAUGAAGCACCACAACCCCCACACGCCCAUCAUGAUCCGCGAGGCGCUGGAUAUCGAGCCCAAGGUUUACGCGAGAUACGAGUUUGGAAAGGAGAAGAUGCUGCCUCUGAAGGGUCUGGACGACAAGUCGAUCGAGAGCAAAAUCACCGAGCUGGUCAAGUCUUCGUAA